ACAACACGUAUCUGUGUUUUAAUAACAAAGUACGCAUGCUCGUUGUGCUGAGGAAGUGGCUACUGUCUUUUUACCGGGUCAGUGUACUUAGAGACGUAUCAUUGCCUACAACACUGAUACAGGGUAGAGUGUUAAUACCAUUGUAUCAUUUCACGUGGAGGGUAAACUAUCAGCUCGUGAGCACGUGAUCGACGCACAUGAGUGACUGUCAUGGUGCACGUCAGUUGCAGACGACGUUUGCUGGCACAAGACAUCACACCUAUGGAUUCUGGACGAUCGUCGAAUUCAGGAUCCCGUAACAGGAGGUGUUUGCGAAACGAAGGUUCAGACAUCACUAACACGACAGACGGUUUCAGCUAGUGGACAUCCAUUUUAGCUCCUGGACGUCAUAACACAGGGAAUACGGCUUUGGGGAUGACAUCAUGGCAAACACAAGUACCACGAUAAAUGAUGGAACCGAUCCCGUCAGUAUUGGUAAUGGAAACUGCAAACACUUGGACAAGGGAGAUGGUGCUAGCGUGAACAAAUCGGAAUGUCAUGUAUUGAAAGAUGGAAGGAAACAAUUAAAGAUUGAUGCCGAGACUGGUCAAACUCCAAACAGCUCUAAAGAUACUGAUCGUCACAGAGCUAAAGAUACGUUUCAUGACGGAAUCCCGGUGGAUCAGGGAUGGGCCUGGAUGGUAUUGUUAGGUUGUACUAUCAAUAUGGCUCUGAUCUUUGGAACUCUGAAGGCGUUCGGAAUAUAUUUUGUGGAGUUUAUUACUGUGUUUGAAGCGGAAGUUUCUGUGACGUCACUUAUAUCGGGUAUUCAGCAAGCAACAUACUCUUUGUUUGCUCUGCCCAUGCUGACCGCAGGGAUGAAAUAUGUAACUUGUCGGCAGGCUUCCAUAACAGGGGGAUUCUUGGCUGGGACUGCCUACAUUCUCGGUAGCCGAGCACUGAACAUCUACAUGUUACUCGCCACUCACGGCGUUCUUUACGGCUUAGCUUUGGCAUGUGUUUUUCCGUCCAGUUCGUACUUAGUCGGACUUUAUUUUAACCGACGCCGCAGCUUGGCUAACGCUAUCGUCCUGGCAGGAGCAGCGUUGGGCGGUUUAGGGUUACCUCCCUUGUACCGUUUUCUCCUCGACACAUACGGGUUACGUGGCGCGUUGCUGAUCACGGGUGGUUUACUGUUUCAUACAAUGGUCAGUGCUAUGUUAAUGAGGCCAACAGAUUUCUACGCAUGUAAACAGCAUCAUUCGGAUGUUAGCAGUGAUGCACUGAGCUCAGGUUUACCCCAGGACAAACUACACGUGAAAAAACAUGAUAACCUAUUGUCAAGUAUAUCUCACGACAACCUACUGCCGAAACCAAACAAAUUUGGAUCCACUUUAUCUCAAGACAGACUUCAUGUGUUAGAAAAAGGCAAACUGGGAUGCAGUUUAUCUCACGAUAAAUUAGAAGUAAAACAGUUAGGUCAAAUGGACAUAAGAUACCAUAAACCGGAAGUGUCAUUGCUGCAGCCGGCACCCGUUCUCCAUCACAUGAAACACAACCAUUUUUCCCAUUCGAACAGAUUUGUGUCUUCCAGUGAAAGUAUAAUACAGCGUCUAUCACGAUCAGCUGUCAUAUACUCGGCUAGCAAAGGAGACUUAGUACAUAUGUCUGUACAGGAUCUGGCCGCGUCCAACGGAAAAAUUAGCUGUUACAAAAGCAUCGACACUGUCGACAUGGUCGCCGACAUUGCGGACGAAAAGCCUGCAGGUAUGUUCGACUUUUCAGUUUUGAAAAGUUCACUCAUGCGCUUAUUCUUAAUUGUUUACAUGCUAGGAGGCGCUUCAGCCGGAUAUGUACACGUUUUCAUACCUCCAUACGCAAGAGAGCGACAAAUAAGCAACUACCAGGUAGCGCUGAUAGUAUCGGCCACCAAUGCGUGUGACUUUGUAGGCCGUGUCCUUGGCGGAGUAAUAGUGGAUCGACACAUUCUCAGAUCUCAUACGACGGUCGGUAUCACACAACUUAUGGCCGGACUGGUCAUCCUAAUGUCCCCUAUCUACCAACAGUUCUGGUCGAUGCUCGUUUUUGGGAUGCUGGACGGUCUCUUUGCCGGAAGUUUAUUCUCUCUGGCGCCCGCUGUAGUAGUCGACUUCCUAGGGAUGGAGAAAUACAGAAGCGCUAUGGGGAUACUUCUUGUCGCUCAGGGAGUGUCGCUGGGAACCUCUGCACCAGUAGCAGGGUUGCUGAGGGACUAUACCGGAACGUACACGACCUCGUUUUACUUUAUCGCCUGUAGCGCUCUCACAGGCGCAUUGUUGAUUCUUGUGGUUCCGGUUUUUUUACGCAGGUGCAAAAGUAGGUACCAAUCACGUGACGCUAUCUGCGAGAAAGAGACAAAUAUCCAUCUCACAGUGACAGAGAACUCGGAGAGGGAUGUAUAAUUCAACGACAGAUCAGGGAAUGAUGUAUAUUUUAUGUCAUAUAUAUAUAUAUAAAUGAUACAAAUAUAUAUUUUCAAUUUAUAUAAAUUAAGUAUUUUUGUUAAAACUACUAUCUUUCAAGAUACCGGCGAAAUCUGAGCCGCCUUGAAGUGAUAUUACCGUUCACCAUUUAUUAGUAGUAAUGUUGUGAACAUAGAACAUUGUAUUGUCCCUCGUUGAAGCAUUUGCUGCCGGUUAAGAGAUAUUCAAUCAUGAAUCAUGUUUAAUACUAUAGCCAAAAUACGUUGACAGUAUUUAAACAUCGGGCGCGGUUCUUCUGGCUUCGUUGGCAGCUGUGUUUUUGUAUAAAUAUUUGUAAAGAUAUCGUUUAUUUUGGAAGAGACCAUGAUGAAAUUUCGACUGUUUUGACAAUGAUGAACGUAGCACACACACACACACACACACACACACAGGUGAUGGUGUUUUUAUGCCCUCGCCAUAAAAUGGGGAGGCAUAUAGUGUUGCCCAUGUCCGUCCCGUCCCGUCCAAUCCACGAGCGGGGGCAUUUAUGUCUU